UUUGAAUUUUUGAUCUACCCUAACCUUACCGUUUGUUUUGAUCGUGAUACUGGUCGAAGUUUUAAGACUCUUUUUAAAAAUUAUGUCAGUUUUUUCCGUAAAUUGAUGAUUUGCAAUAUCCCCGACCGUUACGUGCUUUCAUGAAAGCUCAUGAACUACUCCUUUAAGUUACCUCCUGUGCUGUGGAGUAUUGAAGAGUCAUCUCUGACCGUGCGUCCUCCAUAUCAGUUUUCAGAAUGUUUAAUUUGUUGAGACCUGUUCCCAUUCUUCAGAAGUAUAUAACAUCUUGCUCAGUCCUGCCGAAAGCCUUUUUUGCAACGGACACUCUAGCAACCGCUGCACUUGGUAAAGCGAAGAAGAAAACAGCAGGGAAAGCAGCUGGAAGCUCAGAGAAAAUACGACUUCCCGUGGAAACGGACACCAACCGACUGGUCAAUUAUGUUUGUGGCACCAAUCUUUUGAAAGAAGGUGGAGAAGAUGUCAAAAUAGGUCCUGAUUCUGAUUACCCAGAUUGGUUAUUUGAACUAUAUGUUGGACCAGCGAAGAAAUUAUCUGAGCUCGAACCUGGCUCUCUACAAUAUUGGAGAAGAAUAAAUAAAUUGUAUAUUAGAAAAAGGAGGAAGGAAUCCAUGCUACGGAAGGCUAAAUAAGGUCAUAGACUUUUCUCUCUUCUUCCAUUUCUGUAGAUACUUAAGUUCUCGCAUUUUGUAACAUUUUUAAGGAAAAUAAAACUGAUAGUCACUGUUUUGUUUAA